AGCAAAGCCAGCAGUUUUGCCCUUGACUGCGGCGUAGUAACUUGUGACGCUUUGUGUAGUGUAUACAUGAUUUUGCUUCAUUAAUAAGGGAAACUCAGGCACUCGGUAUUAGGACAUUCCGGUUUCCCCGAGUUACAGGCAUGAAGAUGUGGACAUAUGGCUUGGGAAUGGCUCGUGGAGGGGGCAUUGAGGUACCGGUACUGCUACUGACCCACCUUUUACAUACAGUGACAGCUCAGAACUUUCUCCAGUUGCAAAACCCAAUAGACUGGAUCCUCUUCACCAGCCUUGGCUACACCCCCCAGCCAAGUGCCAUUCUCUCUCUCCGUACUUCAGCCCCCGAGAUCUGUACCUUACCUGAUGGCCAACAAGGGUCGUGUCAACUGCUCAGUGCAUGCCAAGCUUACCAACACUUGACAGAUGACAUUCCAAAGCACCUUGAUCUCUUCAGGACCCUUGUCUGCAGAUUAACAACUGAAUCCAUCCACCUUUGCUGUCCACUGAACAUCAAUCACCAGCUGGGGGGUACAACAACCCAGCCACCCUCUAAGCCCUCUUCAACUUUCCAGCUGCAAUCUGGUUCAGUCCCUCGGCCACAAUCACCUCAGGGUCGUCCUUCCCAAGAAGCAUCAAGCAAGCCUUUAACACUAAUUUCUAGAACUGAUGAACAUCAGUCAAACACUAACACAUCAUCUCAAUCAGCCCUGGUGGAACCUAUCAGGAACUCCCCACAGUCUACUUCAGAUAUACCAAUUCAACCUUCACCUGUCCCCCCAGGCCAAUCAAUCCAUAUUGGUUCAGUACAACCUUCAUUUAUAUUCCCAGGACAGGCCUCACAGGGGCUUGCAGGUUCUGGACAAGAGAAUAGUGUGAAUGGAGGUGGAAAAUUGCCAUUGCCAGAUCAUAUGCUCCCAGGCCACAGUGAGGCACUGCCAACAACACUCCCUCCCAACUCCCCAAUCCUUCCUUUACUUGAUGAGUGUGGUGUCUGGACUGCCAAUACCACUGUGGUAGAUGGAGGAAAGUGGCCAUGGCUGGCAGCCUUGGGCCAAUUUCAAGGCUCACAGUUUGAGGUGGCUUGUGGUGGAGCUCUAGUUACACGCAGGCAUGUCUUAGUUGCUGCUCACUGUCUUUUAGAUUCCCUUUCCCCUAACCUGUCACAUGUACAGCUUGGAGGUUAUGAAGCAGCUGUACCCAAGUAUUUCUCCAUCCUUCAUCACAUUGAUGCAGGUUUCAACAUUGAGACCUUUGAGAAUGACACGGCCAUAGUCACUCUUUCCCAAGAUGUGAUAUUUGAUGAUUUCAUCCAGCCAGUUUGUCUGCCAUUUAGGUUUAAGUAUGAUGGAUUCCGCUAUCAGAACCUUGAUGUAGUUGGCUGGACACCAUCUUCUGAUGCUGGAGAUGGAAGAACACAGCUGACAUCACUGCAAGACUCUCGGAUCCCAGUGAUUGGGCUAGACAGCUGCCGCAAUGCAUACCAGGCCUCUCGCAAUUCUUUGAUUAUUAACCACAACCAACUGUGUACUUCUGGAGGAUCCCUUACUACUUGUGUGUCAGAUAAAGGUGCCCCAUUGUUCUACUUUGAUGAAGAUUCAACUAAGAGAUACUAUGUGGUAGGUCUGGUGUCAUAUGGGUAUGGGUGCGCCAAGCCAAAUGAGCCAGGUGUGUUUACUAGAGUUGGUGCGUUCAUUGAGUGGAUUGAACAAAUUUUAAAAUAAAAUUUCAGAAGCUGACAUGUGGAAGCUAUGCAAAUUUUUAUUGUUAAUUAUUUUUGUCAAUGUUUUGUCAUUUCCUAAUAAGAAUAAACUAAUUCUGUAUUGUGA